CGCGCGCUGCGCUGCCUUUGUGGCCGAGUCGCGCGCACUGGCGGCGGGGCAGCGCGGCGCGUGUCUGAGCUCGGGCGCGGCGGCCGCGCGGGGUGCGGGCGGCGGGCGCCGCGGGCUGAGCGGGGCCGGGGCUGCGUGGGCCUCGGAGCAGGGCGCAUCAUGCCGCGUCCACGUACCGAAGAGAAAACUGAGAAUGAAAUUGCUUUGGCAAGCUAAAAUGAGCUCGAUUCAGGACUGGGGUGAAGAGGUAGAGGAAGGAGCUGUUUACCAUGUCACCCUCAAAAGAGUCCAGAUUCAACAGGCUGCCAAUAAAGGAGCAAGAUGGCUAGGGGUUGAAGGGGACCAGCUGCCUCCAGGACAUACAGUCAGUCAGUAUGAGACCUGUAAGAUCAGGACCAUAAAAGCUGGCACCUUGGAGAAGCUUGUGGAGAACCUGCUGACAGCUUUUGGGGACAAUGACUUUACCUAUAUCAGCAUCUUCCUGUCAACGUACAGAGGCUUUGCCUCCACUAAAGAAGUGCUGGAACUGCUGCUGGACAGGUAUGGAAACCUGACAAGCCCAGACUGUGAAGAAGGGGGAAGCCGGAGCUCAUCCACGUCUAAGACGGUGAUCCGGAAUGCGAUUGCCUCCAUCCUGAGGGCCUGGCUUGACCAGUGCGCGGAGGACUUCCGGGAGCCCCCUCACUUCCCUUGCUUACAAAAACUGCUGGAUUAUCUCAAACGGAUGAUGCCUGGCUCUGACCCAGAGAGAAGAGCACAAAAUCUUCUUGAGCAGUUUCACAAGCAGGAAGUGGAAACUGACAAUGGGUUUCCCAGCAACAUCUCCUUCAGCCUGGAAGAGGAAGAGGAAGAGGAGGGUGGGGAGUCUGUGGAGUUCACGUGCUUCUCGGAAGAUCUCGUGGCAGAGCAGCUGACCUACAUGGACGCGCAACUCUUCAAGAGAGUAGUGCCUCACCACUGCCUGGGCUGCAUUUGGUCUCAGAGGGAUAAGAAAGAAAACAAACAUUUGGCUCCUACGAUCCGUGCUACCAUCUCUCAGUUUAAUACCCUCACCAAAUGUGUUGUCAGCACCAUCCUGGGGGGCAAAGAACUCAAAACUCAGCAGAGAGCCAAAGUCAUCGAGAAGUGGAUUAACAUUGCUCAUGAAUGUAGGAUCCUGAAGAAUUUUUCCUCCUUGAGGGCCAUCAUUUCGGCACUGCAGUCCAAUUCCAUCUAUAGGUUAAAAAAGACUUGGGCUGCGGUCCCAAAGGACCGAAUGCUCAUGUUUGAAGAACUUUCAGAUAUUUUCUCAGACCAUAAUAACCAUCUGACCAGCCGGGAGCUGCUGAUGAAGGAAGGAACCUCAAAAUUUGCAAACCUGGACAGCAGCGUGAAGGAAAACCAGAAGCGGACUCAGAGGCGGCUUCAGCUCCAGAAGGACAUGGGAGUGAUGCAAGGCACGGUGCCCUACUUGGGCACCUUCCUGACUGACCUGACCAUGCUUGACACAGCUCUGCAGGACUACAUCGAGGGUGGGCUGAUAAACUUUGAGAAAAGAAGAAGGGAAUUUGAAGUGAUCGCCCAAAUAAAGCUCUUACAGUCUGCCUGCAACAGCUAUUGUAUGACUCCAGACCGAAACUUCAUCCAGUGGUUCCAGAGACAGCAGCUGCUAACAGAGGAGGAGAGCUAUGCCCUCUCCUGUGAGAUAGAAGCAGCGGCCGAUGCCAGCGCCACCUCACCCAAGCCUCGGAAGAGCAUGGUGAAGAGGCUAAGCCUACUGUUUCUGGGGUCGGACCUUAUCGCCAGUAGUACUCCCACCAAGGAGCAGCCCAAGUCCACCGCGAGCGGGAGCUCUGGCGAAAGCAUGGACUCGGUCAGUGUGUCGUCCUGCGAAUCCAACCACUCCGAGGCUGAGGAGGGCUCCCUCACUCCCAUGGACACACCUGAUGAGCCUCAAAAGAAGCUCUCCGAGUCCUCCUCGUCAUGUUCCUCUAUCCAUUCUAUGGACACAUCUUCCUCAGGGAUGUCAUCUUUGCUCAAUCCUCUCUCCUCCCCUCCAUCCUGCAACAACCCUAAAGUCCACAAGCGCUCCAUCUCUGUGACGUCCAUUACCUCGACAGUGCUGCCUCCCGUUUACAACCAACAGAACGAAGACACCUGCAUAAUCCGCAUCAGCAUAGAGGACAACAACGGGAACAUGUACAAGAGCAUCAUGCUGACAAGCCAGGAUAAAACUCCCGCCGUGAUCCAGAGAGCAAUGCUGAAGCACAACCUGGACUCGGACCCAGCGGAGGGGUACGAGCUGGUGCAGGUCAUCUCGGAGGACAAAGAACUCGUGAUCCCGGACUCAGCAAAUGUCUUUUAUGCCAUGAACAGCCAAGUGAACUUUGACUUCAUUUUACGCAAAAAGAACUCCCUGGAAGAGCAAGUGAAACUGCGUAGCCGGGCCAGCUUGACGUUACCCAGGACGGCUAAACGGGGCUGCUGGAGCAACCGACACAGCAAAACUACCCUCUGAAGGGAGGGGCCGGCGGUGCUUGCCGAGGUGGGGGCACCGAGAACAGGCCACGGUGAGUGUAGCUACCACCCAGUGGUAGAGGGUAAUCAGUGAAGUCAGCAGAUACUUACUGAGUACCUCUGGUAUGCAAGGCUCUAUGAUGGGCGCUGUGGGGAGGUCAGAGAUGAAUUUGCCAUGAAAAGGAUGGAUUCACUGAUGCUCUUUGAGCUGUUUGAGAUUGAAAUGCAAAAUUACCCACAUGUGUAAAUAAUAUAUGUACACAUAUUUGGUAUGUAUGUGUAUAUAUAUAAAUAUAUGAGGGACUUACGGGAUAUUCUGGACUAUGGAAAAACAAAUUUGCACAAUGGCCUGGGAAGUUGAGGUCACUUUUUACAGGGAAAUAGAACUGAGAACCUAAUUCCAUACCCUCCAAGUAAUUGGAAGCAGCCCUAGGAAUACAGUGUCCUUUGCGCCAGUAUUACAAGAACUCCAAACUAUUUUUAUAAAGAGAGAGGGUUACUCUCUCAAUCAAGUGCCACCAGAAAAGAACAACUGUAGAGGCUGGAACUGCCAUUGGCGGAAUGAAAGGCCACUUUGGAAAGGGUUUGGAUGAGCCAGUGGCUUUCAACCUCUGCCUGCAUCUGCAUUUCUGCCAUCCCAAGGAGGGCAAGGACGACCUUCCAAGGCCCACCGGUCUGGCCCACUGGCCCAGCCGUCGUGACAUCGCUGGAAUCAACCCAAGCCCACUUUGAUUUCUGGCGACCACAUUGUGUUUCUGUUCCCCCUGCUGCAAAGAACAUAUCACACGCAUUAUUGCAUAGAUAGCCAUGUUCUUUGGUUAUUUAUCAGCCCAGAAGAGAAAACGCAAAAGAAUGGUGACUCAUUUGGACCCUGAUUUGUGUUGGAAUGCCACGACUUCAUUGCCUUUCCGGACUGCCUUCUUUUGCAUGUAAAACUCUAUGUCUCGAGUCUUUUGCCAUCUGGAUCGUAGUACCUCUAUACUAUGUGCAAUUUGUUCCUCAGGUGUAGAAAUUCCUACUGCAAUUGACUACGUUUGAUCAUUUCGAGCCUGUGAAAGAUUUCUGGACAGCGAUUGCUCUGGUGAUUGUUCCUUAGAAGAUGUUCCAUGCUGAUAAGAGCGUCCCUUUUUACUUAUUAACUUUUAUAGCAUUACUAUGCCUAGUCAUGGGCAAAGAAAUGGGGCUGCAUAUAUUAUCCAAACUGUUUCUGAAGAGGUACUUCCUUCCACAUGGAAUCAACAUUUUUUUUUCAGGUCCCCAACGUGCUAUCACAGUGUCACUUGUUAAGUGACAUUCUUUUCUCUAGUAACACCAUCACCCACUCCCUUUCAAAUCUAUGCUGUGCUGGGGUUGGAACUAAAAAGCCAUAUUUGGGAUGUUGACAUAUGUAAGAAAGCACUUUCAGAAUGUUGUCCUUUUUAAGAAAAAAUUCUCAAAAUACCAGUUUUUUGUUCCAAAAAAUAAAGAGAACAAGCCCAGAUAUGAAGUGCAGAUUGCAAUAUGGAGCUUUUUUUUUUUUUCUUCUAACCCUGCAAGACAGUUCCCAAAGGUUAUGUAAGAUUUAUGGUAUGUGCAUAGCUGUGUGACAUCCACAAGAAAUACCAGGGAGUUUAGCGUUUUGGGGCAGUGGACCGAAGCGUGAGGCAGGAAGGCCGCAGAUUUCCUUUAGGUCUUUCUAGGAGAUCAGACUGGGUUUCAACUGGUCUAAAAGCACUUUUCUUUUGUUUGUGAGGCUGAUGUGAUCUGUGCUUCUGUGCUUGGAGGAGAUAGCCAAGGUGCUAGCCAUCAUGGAGAUGGAGUAAAUGUAGCCUCAGCCUGAAUUUUUUGGCUUGAAGAUCAAAAAGAAAACAGAACUGUUGGAUUGGUUUAGAGUGUGGCAACCAAGAUAUAUUGUGCCCAUGUACUCCACCUGUUUGUACUGGACAUACAGAGUCUAGAUUUAUAUACUGCAAUGUAAAAAUAUAUAUAUUUUUUCCUUUUUUAAAGACAAUGGAAAUUCCAAGUAGAUAAAAUAUAGCCUCAUUUAUUUAAUGCCACUUUAAAUGUCUUAAAUGUGUUUCCCAGUAGACAGCUGGGUAAUGCUUCUAGCUGCUCGCAUGCUUGUCUUUCUGCAUCUCUACCAUCUGUUUACCUUUUGGUUAAACUAAUAAACUGGUUCGGGACUUGGCUGGCACAUGCUACCAGA